AUGAACAAAGCUCCAUAGUCUUUUCAAGAGCAGGCAAGAGAGAACCAGGAGAGAACCUGGAUGAGAAACAUUAUAAUCAUAAAACAAUGAUUAUCUCGUUCUGAAAUUUAUCAUCACCUCAAUCUGUAAAUUACCCCAAUCAGCGAUGGAGACGAGUGUAAGCGGUGAAAGAGUCGAAGAAGAUUCAACACAGACAGAUCACUCUGCCCUGGACGAUGAGGUCCUCCAGAAGAUCCUGCAAUCAGGCAUGGAUCUUCGCCGUUACUGCAAACAGGUUGAGGGCGAUCUGCUGCGCGCUGAGAACCAUUCAAUCGAAGACUACAUCAAAGAGAGCGCAAAUAUUGCCAGCCUGCAUAAUCAGAUUUCAGACUGCGACAACAUUCUUGAGCGAAUGGAGGGCAUUUUGGAGGGAUUCCAAACUCACUUGAGCAGCAUAAAUACCGAGAUGGUGCAGCUGCAGCGGCGAUCGGCCGAGAUGACCAAACAGCUGAGCAACCGACUGGCCGUCAGGGCAACCCUCAGCCAGUUUGUGGACGACAUCACCGUUUCGGAACAGUUAAUAUCCAGCAUCUGUGAUGCAUCUGUCACGGAGCCUGAAUUCGGAUCUGCUCUGCGAGAACUCGGCCACAAAACAAGCUUUGCAAAAGAGCAGAGCUACCGCGACUCCCGUUCCGUCCUUGACGUUCGGGAUCCUUUGGAGCACCUCAGAGUCAAGGCUGUGACUAAGGUGCGCGUCUUCUUGCUUGAGCAGGUCUUCAAACUACGCAAGUCCAUGGCAAACUUCCAGGUUCCUCAGGAUAAUUUGCUGAGCAAGUAUAAAAUUUUCUACGAGUUUUUGCUGGCUAAUGAGAGGAGCGCUGCUCAGGAAGUUUGCGUCGAGUAUAUAGAAACUAUGGGCAAGGUUUAUUACUCCUACUUCAAGGCAUACAUUUCACGACUAAUGAAACUACAGUAUGACGACAACCCUAGCAAGGAUGAUCUGAUGGGCGUGUCAGAAAACGUAGCCCGCGGUGGCUUGUUCCAAAGUCGUACAAGCCUGAAGAACAGGGGCGCCGUCUUCAGUCUGGGGACGCGCGGCGAGGUGCUGGGCGCGGGGCUCAAGGCACCCAUCAUUGUGCCCCACGCGGCUGGCAACAAACUGCCAUACGAAAUUAUCUUCCGUAGCGUUCAGUUCGCGCUGCUAGAAAAUGGUUGCCGCGAGUUCAUCUUCCUGAAGGAGUUCUUCGUGGUGCAGGGCAACGCUGCGCUCGACAUGUUCAACCAGGUGCUUGGUAUGACCCUUGGAAUGCUGCAGAAGAACCUGGACAACUACGCGGCCGACUCAUAUGACGCCAUUGGACUGAUGGUGUGUGCUAACAUUUGUCUCAAGUACAAGAGCAUCUGCCAAGAAAGGUCAAUCGCUGCAUUGGACACGCACUGGUCAGCACUACUUGCAUUCAUCUGGCCGCGUCUGGAGCACGUGCUGCGUCUGCACGUCCAGAGCGUCAAACAGCUGGACACAAGCAAGUUCAACCGCGAGCUGCGUCCACACUACAUCACGCGCCGCUUUGCCGAGUUCAGCGCUGCCAUGGAGUUCAUGAGUGAAACGCCGCCUCCGGAGUCAGUGCAUAGGCUCAUGUCGCAGCUGUCUGAAGAGGUCGAGUGCAUGCUGCUGCGUAUCGCGGCUGCCUUUCCGCAGCGCAAGGAGCAGCUCGUUUUCCUCAUCAAUAACCUGGACCUCAUCCUUAGCGUGCACGCCGAGCACUCGAGGGAGCAGGGUGCCACCGCAAAGGACACUGCCGCUAGGGAGGAGCCAAAGAGGGAGAUCAUAGGAUUCCAGGAGCACCUGAGUCAGAGAAGUGCUGAGUACGUGGAAGAGGUGCUCCGUCCCCAUUUUGGCGCUGUGAUGCAGUUUGUGAAGGAGGGAGAAGCGUUAGCGGCAAAGGGCCAGGCCGACCAAUUGCGCCAGCAGGAGACCAAGUGCAUGGACAUUGCUCACAAGUUCUCAGUAUGUUGGCGGGGCGCCCUUGAAAAGCUGAGCCAAGAGGUAUUGUCCUCCUUCCCGAGUCUCUUGACAGGUUCGCAACUGCUUCAGCUUACGCUGACCACCCUGGUGACGUACCACCAACGCCUGUAUGCAGUCCUGCCACCCUCUGCGCAGGCUACCCUUGCAAACAAACACCAGCUGAUGGUCGAGAUCAAGAAAUAUAAAACUAAUUUCUGGUCUGACAACCUUAAGUCAUGAAACUUCAUCCCCAUUCCAAAUGCACACUGAUGAUAUUAUGAUCAUUGUUAUUGUUGUGGGCCAAAUAGAAAGAACUUGACUGUCAUACUUAACUGUGAUAGCGAAUCCAAUUUCAGUUGUUUAGUGGAAUGAAGUGAAUAUUAUUGAAAUUUUGCUUGUAAUGGGGACUUUCCCUAAUGUAAACAUUAAACUUGAUCCCUAUUCCAUGA